AUGGAGACCUGGACCCCCAACCCCCGAGCCAAGCCUUACAUCCCGCGCCAACAAAGGAGCCUGUACCUCACCUGGAAAUACAAACUAACCAACAAGAGGACGAUUCGUCGGUUCUGCCAGGCUGGUGCUGUGCUGUUUCUGCUGAUAACUGUCAUAGUCAACAUUAAACUCAUCUUGGACACAAGAAGAGUAGCUAAUGAAGAAGCAGCAGCCCAAGAAUAUGAGGAUGCAGUACCCAACAUGGAGACACCACGCAGGCCGGCUAAUGGACGCAAGGCCCUGGACAUUGAGGUGUACUCCAGCCGCUCCAAGGUCUACGUGGCAGUGGACGGAACCACUGUUUUGGAGGAUGAUAUGCGGGAGCAAGGCAGAGGCAUCCAUGUGAUAGUUCUCAACCAGGCAACCGGUCAUGUCAUGGCCAAGAGGAUAUUUGACACCUACUCUCCCCAUGAGGAUGAAGCCAUGAUCCUCUUCCUCAACAUGGUGACCCGGGGUCGAGUCCUCAUCUUUACCAUAAAGGACGAGGGCACGUUCCACCUUAAGGAUGCUGCUAAGAACCUGCUGAAGAGUCUCGGCAGCCAGGUGUCCCUCAGCCUCAGCUGGAGGGACAUGUGGACUCUAGUGGUGAAGAAAGGAGGUCAGGUGUAUGGAGAGAAGCACUCCAAGUCUCCGGCUCUGUCCACCUGGGGAGACCCGGUGCUGCUGAAGACCGAGGUGCAGCUCACCGCCUCUGAAGAGGCAGAGUGCCACUGGGCGGACACCGAGCUGAACAGGAGGAGGAAGCUCUUCUGCAGCAAAGUGGAAGGAUACGGCAGCAUCUGCAGCUGCAAGGACCCGGCACCCAUAGAGUUCAAUCCUGAGCCCCUCCCCAACAAUAACGUCUUCGGUGUCCCAGUGGCUGUCAUCGCAGGGAACAGACCCAACUAUCUCUACCGAAUGCUGCGGUCACUUCUUUCAGCUCAUGGUGUCAACCCGCAGAUGGUCACCGUCUUCAUCGAUGGAUAUUAUGAGGAGCCCAUGGAUGUUGUGGAGCUGUUUGGACUGAAGGGAGUCCAACACACACCCAUCAGCAUCAAGAAUGCCAGAGUGUCCCAGCACUACAAAGCGAGUCUGACCGCAACCUUCAACCUUCACCCAGAUGCCAAUUUUGCCAUCGUCCUAGAAGAAGACCUGGACAUCUCCAUUGACUUCUUCAGUUUUCUGAGUCAGACCAUCCACCUGUUGGACGAGGACGACAGUCUGUACUGUAUCUCAGCCUGGAACGACCAGGGAUAUGAACACACAGCGGAGGACCCGGCCCUGCUCUACAGAGUGGAGAGUAUGCCCGGCCUGGGCUGGGUGCUGAAAAAGAGCCUCUACAAGGACGAACUGGAGCCAAAAUGGCCGACACCUGAGAAGCUGUGGGACUGGGAUAUGUGGAUGCGAAUGCCGGAGCAGCGGAAGGGCAGAGAGUGCAUCAUCCCCGACGUGUCCCGCUCCUACCACUUCGGCAUUAUCGGCCUCAACAUGAACGGCUAUUUCCAUGAAGUGUAUUUCAAGAAGCACAAGUUCAACACUGUUCCCAAUGUGCAGCUGAAGAAUGUUGAAAGCUUGAAGAAAGAUGCUUACGAGGUGGAAAUCCAAAACCUGUUGAAGGAGGCGGAGGUGCUGGACCACACUAAGAACCCAUGUGAGGACUCGUUCCUGCCGGACUCUGAGGGGAAGAUCUACGUCAUGUUCAUCAAGAUGGAAACCGAGACGGACACGUCCACCUGGACCGAGCUCGCCAAGUGCCUGCAUGUUUGGGACCUGGAUGUACGAGGGUACCACAGAGGCCUGUGGCGGCUCUUCAGGAAAAGGAAUCAUGUCCUGGUUGUAGCCGUGCCAAUCUCUCCGUACUCUGUGAAGAAACCAGCCGGUGUCGCUCCCAUUCACUUAGAGCCUCCGCCCAAAGAAGAGGGAGCACCGGUGGAACAGAUGUAGACCUGACCUGACGUGACACUGACACACACAAACACACAAACACUUGAACCAGCCCAGGCCUUAACACUUCACCCCUUUUCUCCACCAAGCCACCAAACCACUAAUAAUCCAGCCUGGGACCCACAACUACAAAACGGACUUUUCCUAGAUGUUGAACUUGUGUACAAGAGGAUACCUGGGAAAUGGAGUCCUUUUUUUUUUUUUUUUUUUUAAACACUACAAACUCCACCACUAAAUCCGUCCAAUGGCUUGAGGAGGAACGGUGAUGCUGAACCAGAUUCGGUUAAACGUGACUUUACAACCAAAACAUUACAUGACUGUCAACAGCUUUUUUUCCCUUUUUUUUUUCUGUUUCUUUGACAGCUGGUGUUUGAGCCGCGCUCUGUUUUAAAUUUUAGUUGGAGCUGUAACUUUUUCGACAAGAACGGUACAAAUGACACAAACACACACUCAUCAGAAUUUAGCCAGGUUUUCUUUUAGUUUGUGUUUUUUUACUACUGACUGCUUUGUGCAUCUUGUACAUAUGUUUUAACUUAUCCCUAUUUAUUUUACAUAUAUCGAUCAAAAUGAGUUUAGUGGUUUGUUUGCUUUUUUUUUUUUUUAAAUCCACUUUUAUCAAGAUCAGCGUGUUUUUAAAGAGCCUAACGUUUACAGAUAAUGAAAUAAUAAUGUAUAUACAUGCCUCUAUAUUUUUUGAUGAAAAAUUUAAAGGGUCUGCAUAUUUUUCAGCAUUAGAUACUGAGUUUGAGUGAAAGAGUUGAUAAUGGCCCUGUGGGUUUUUACUGUUGUUCACUGCUUGGUUCAGUAGCCUGGGAUCAGGCUUCAUGAGGGGAAACUCAGUGGUGGCUGAGAGACAGAGACGUGAGAAACUUUCACAGCUUUAACAACGUACACCACCAUUAGAAAAAGAUCAAAAACAGAUACCACAGUGAUGCUUUCCACUGGUAAGUGCAAAGAGAGAAAUGUCUUCCCGUUGGACAUUUACUAGGGCCGGGUGUUGAACAUCAGUACUUCUACGAAACGUGUCCAUAGCCCUUCAUAUCAAAAGCUGAGGUUCUGAAAGGUAUUUGCCACCAAAUCUGGAAGUUGCAUCAAAUCAACACUAGUAUUGAACAGUUCCAAUUGAUAGGCAGCCCUGCAUUUACACUACAAAAGAAAAAAAUCUGAGUUUUUAUUUUAAAUUCAACCAAAAUAUUAGUGUGGCUUUGCCAGAAUUUAUUAGCAUUUUGCUGCUUCAUUACUUGCUUUUUGUUUAGAAAACAAACUUUCAGGAAGUCUUGCAAGCUGAAUGCAGGCUACGUGUUCCCAGAUGCAACAUAUAUUUGUCAGAAUUUGCUUGUUUUCUUGGCGUGCGUUCACAUUUCGGCCUCUCUCAGCCACCACGGGAUCUGGAGGCUCCAAACACUUGAACAGUACACGGCGACGUUAGCCGGGCUGCACGCUCCUCAUAUAGACAGAGUAGAGAAAGCACGUCAGGGUAUCUGCUGCCCUCAGAUAAGUGUCGGGGUUACCGCGUCACAGAAGAGACGGACAGAUACUAGAAGGGAAACGACUCUGACCAGGAAAUAGCAGCAGUGUCAACUCAUCUUUGUUACAGGUAGCGAUGUGAGGACGUAAUAGUUCUGUUAUUUGCCUUAUUCUUUUGUCAUGGCCUUCAUCUGUGGUGGAAACGUACGGGGGGAUAUUUUCUAAAAUAUCACCGGCCAGUCGUAAACAACCAAACUGAUACUCCAAGAUGUGGCUAUUAAAUGGGGAGAAUCUGUAUACCGAGGCUAAGAGUGAUCGUAGUUGCUGCUAUUUUAUUAUAUCUUUCAAAAUAAAAAGCAGUUUUUCUCGUUAUUUACACUGAACCUUUUGUUUUAUUGAGAUAAUUGAUCUUUCCGCGAUGCUCAUGUCGACCUUUAAAACAAUUCUCCUGAGAUGACUUGUUGUCUGGAGGUAAGAGAUCUCGUAAUUAAUUCAUAAAAAUGCAUUGUACUUCUAAGCACACAUGUUUAUUAAUGUAUCGGCCGGCGGUCAUAACUCCCACCGCGACGCAUCUGUAACUGGCGCCUGAGAGCACGGUGUGAUGUAGCUGAAAUAAUACACAGCGAUAUAUGAUGAAUGAGCAGAUCUAGCAGCGCUGCGGUGCAUGUGUUAGCGGUUUAUACACACGCUGUAUGAUUACAGCUAAGUGGGCAAGUAUCUCUUCAUACACUAGUUAGAGAUGCUUCAUACAAGGCGUUACACCUGUUGACAGAGUAAUAAACCUGCUUACACCUAUUUAUUCGUUAAUAUACUGCUUGCAGAUGCUUACUAGGAGAGGAUAAUAAAAUGUUAGCCAAAUCAGAAUUGAUAAAAUCCUUUCGGUGUGUGUCCCCGUAGUGUUCCGACUAUUUCACCUCAAAGAGCAGUAUUUUUUUAAAUUUUUUUUUUUUUUUUUUUAAAUGUGCAGAGGAAUCACUGUGGCCGUCGCCUGCUCCCAUCUCAGUAUGUAAGUGCUUUCCAGCUGUGGUUACACUGUACCGACUCAAUGAAUGAACGUGUGAAUCAUCGUGUUUUUGAUGCAGCUCGAUCAGUAUUCGCAGCAUCGCUUGAUUUUUGACGUGCGUAUCUGUCUGCUCGGACAACCGUGUGACUGCUAUCUGCGGCCAGAUGAUCCUGUCAGACACCACCGCUCAUUCGGCAGAUUACCGCCUGUGUGGUGACUGAAUCGACGAGUGUCCUGGAAAAUUCAGUUAGUUUAAAACGGUGAAGAAGUAGAGCCGGUUUACUUUUUCAUUUUUGUCUCUCGGUUCGCUCUAGUUUCGGUCGCGGUACGCGUCCUUCUCCCUGUUGAAACGAGGGGGUAAAAUUAAAAGCCUGUCUCCUCAGCGUGGCUGUUGAUUAUGUUUAAUGAUGUGACAUAAUUUAGAAAAUACUGGAAGGUACUUUGUAUGAGCGGCAAUGACGACCAUGGACAUACUGUACGAUUAAGAUGAAGUUUGACAUGUAUUAGUUCCUUUAACUUUCAUCAUGGAAAUGAAUAAAG